GUCCCGUAGACCUGCUUCAGGAACGCACAGCCACAAGAUGCGCACGAAGCGCUACAGUUUGGGAGGAGCUUCGGGAUUUUCCCCCGCUGUUUCACGCCACUCUCUGGUGAGGACUCGUUUGCAAAAGGAGAUAUAGGGGAAAAGGUGUCAGCACAGCCUCAAUCUGGCGUCUGUUGAAAAAAUGAGCCCACCAGACACAUCCAACGGCACAGGCGAAGGGGACGCUGGUGAAACCAAUCUUUGGAUUCUUGUUAACGACAGCAUGGGUUUGUACCCACCCGGUUUUCACACUGACAUCACCAAGCACCUCGGAGUCCAGAUCACCCUGAUCACAGCUUACUCCCUAAUCAUUCUGCUGGGGCUGCUGGGAAAUGCGCUUGUCAUCUACAUGAUUAUCCGCUACAGAAAUAUGCGAACAGUCACCAACUUCUUCAUAGCUAACCUGGCCCUGGCAGACCUCCUGGUGGACACUCUUUGCCUGCCCUUCACUCUGGUUUACACUCUGCUAGAUGAGUGGAAGUUUGGGGCUGUGCUGUGCCACAUGGUGCCGUUUGCCCAAGCCCUGAGUGUGCAUGUAUCCAUCCUGACCCUGACUGUCAUCGCUCUGGAGCGUUACCGCUGCAUCGUUUUCCACCUUGGUCGGCGCCUCACAUGGCACUCCAGCUUCCUUAUCAUGGCAUUCACCUGGACUAUGUCAGCUGUCCUGGCAGCACCCCUGGCUAUCUUCAGAGAGUAUCGCCAAGAAGAGAUUGCCUCUAUCAACCUUCGUAUUGCUGUCUGCUCUGAGAAAUGGCCCCAUGGGACCAGCAGGGAUGGAGUCAUCUACAGCCUCUCAAUGCUGCUCCUACAGUACAUUAUUCCUUUAGCCAUCAUCAGUUACGCUUACAUCUGCAUCUGGGUUAAACUGAAGAAUCAUAUCAGCCCAUCCAGCCGUAACGACAGCAUUAACCGCCGUAAAAAGACCACCAAGAUGCUGGCACUGGUGGUGGUGGUGUUUGCCAUCUGCUGGCUGCCGUUCCAUGUGAUUCAGCUGGCCAGUGAUCUGGACCUCGCGCUAAGGCUGAAGGAGUACAAACUGAUAUACACCGUGUUCCAUAUCAUAGCUAUGUGUUCAACUUUUGCCAACCCUCUGCUGUAUGGGUGGAUGAAUAAAAACUACAGGAAUGGCUUCCUCAUGGUCUUCCGUUGCGAGGACAAGGCAGAUUCUUUCCACCCAGAGGGCUCAUACAGAACACGCUCCAUAAGACGGCUGACUCUGAACGGUCGAAAUGGCGGACACCCUCCCACCGCUGUAUGAGAUUAAGACAGUUUUUUAAAACAACCUGUUGAAUUUGAAUAAACACACUGAAGGCACUUCUGGUUUGUGGCGCUUUAGAAGUAGCCUUGUGACUUGAAUGAUCUGAGCUUGGGUAUCUAUGUCACAGAGGAGGGCUCAAAGCUUUGCAUGCAAAUCGCUUUAUGUAAGGCUCUUCUUUCCUUUGUGAAUGGUACGAGUAAAAAUACUUUUGUCAAAUCUAUUCAGAUAUGUGUGUAAGAUGUUUACUAUAAUGUGGUAAUUAAUUGUAUAAUGUAUAAUGUGUUUCCUGUAAAUGCAGAAGUCUUGUUAGUUAGUAACGUCCAAAUAAUUAUGUACGCCACUGGAUUCAUACGGUAAAAUUAGGCUUUUAAUGUGUUCAUGCUUGCUGAAAAAAGGAGGUGAUUAUUGUGACUGUGAGGCCAGGUUUCAUUUUUGACUGUUGUUUUUUCUAUCUGUUGGCUGAUUUUCUCACAAUCACUUCAAAUGCUGCGUUUUGAAAUAAUUCCAACAUUCUUGCAGAAUGAAACAUUUAAUUGUCGUUCAAGGAAUCCAGAAGAGACUAUCAAUGAUUUUCUGUCCAAUUGUGGUCACCUGACCACCAGCUGUUCGUGAUUAGAUGAAGUCUUCUGUUUCUCAAGGAAAGGGACUGAAAACCACUGAACUGUGUGAAGUGAGAGAGAACAAGCUCUUAAUACCUUCGUUACAGAAUGUGAGCAGCUGCUUCAAAGAUAUUUAAAAAAAAAGGGAUUUGGAAGAAGUCAAAACGUGUAAUUGGAUGCUCAGCUGCUAAAGUGUCCUUUGUUUGUGGUGUUUUAGUAUUGAACAGAGGACCAUUAAUGAACCACAGGGCCUCUGGGUACACAUAUUGAGCUCCAGAUGUACACUCAUCUUUCGAGAAUUCAUUUGACCAUCAGGAGAAAUUGUGUUUUGUGCCUCUACGUCAAAUAAACAGACGGAGUGA